GUCAAGCCGAAUUUCUUCUCGACAAUAUUUGAGAUAUUCGAUAAAACAUAGGAUUCAAGCUACGGACAGAAAAGUUUUUAAUAAUUAACACAUUAUAUAUUUUGUUGUUCACAAGUUCACAGUACAAUCUUUUCUCAAACUUUGCAUCACCUGCCUGUUAUCAGAUUAUCUCAACAGAUCCAAGUCUCAUGGUGCCGCCUGCUUCUUGUCGAUUUCAAUGAAAACUUCAAAAUUAUCACCCAACUACUGCACACGACCUGGGCUCCAAUUGAUCCCAAUCAGUGAGGAUCGAAUAUCAACAUCUUCAUAAAUCCGUAGCAAUGUACCAAGCAAAGUUCCAUCACCCUGACCCGGGCCAACUCAACUUCGAGGAGUUCCUCGCCGAAGACGUGCUCAAAAUCCAGAGCAACAAUCUCAAUACAAACUUACUCCUCAGUACAGGAACAGAAAAAGCACAGUCAGAUUGGAAUGAACUUAUAGAUGGAAAUGACCAGGCUUUAAUAGACUUGAAUAUCACAGAUGAUGAUUCAUUUUCGAAGAUAUUCGAUGAUGUUAUACAAACACCAAGCACAAUUCUCAGCACGAGCACAAAUGAGAAACAACAAGAUGCGAUUGGCUCGAGUCAGAAUACCACAGCAAAUUUCACUCACCCGUUUACUAAACCGUCUAUAAACAUCUCUGAGAGUUCAUUGAACAUCGACAAUUCCCACCUUAUCUCUGCUUCUAGGACAGAAAAUAGUCCCGGAAUUCCGACAGAAGAUGCUCCAUUUGACAUUGAAGUUGCAACCAAUUCGCCAAACAACAAUUUGGCCACUCUCAAACCCUCUAAGAAACGAACCUUAAGUCCUCUUGCCCAUACAAAAGACACGCACUCCCUCACCACCGAAUCGAACUCCAACUCCUCAAUCGCAGCGCUUCCUCCGAAAAAGAAACGUCGCCCCCGUGCCAAAAAAAUUCUCACCCCUGCGGAAAUUCUCCGGGCUCGCGAGAAAUACCUCGAGAAAAACCGACGCGCAGCACGGAAAUGUCGACUUAAGAAAAAAGCCGAAAUGAACGCUGAUCAAGAAAGAUAUGAGCUUUGUGUUGCCGAAAUUAAUGCUACGAAAACUAAGCUGUUGGAAAGUCGGAGGGAGCUGCUAAAUUUAAUCGAAAUUUGUAAAGGAAUGGUAAGGGAGGGGUGCGGUGACGUGGCCAUCAGGAAAUUUGUGGCGAAUUGGAAGAGAAGGGAAGAGGCUUAUAGGGGAAUGCUUGAGAGUGCGGACGUGGGAGUUGAGGCUUGGAAGCUGAUUGAGAAAUGUAGGAGUGCAAGAUUGGGAGAGGGAGCCUUGGGGAAUGCCGUGGAUUUGGAGGGAGACAGGGAAGAGCUCGUGUGUGUUGCGAAUCUCUGGGGGAUGGGGAAUGAUUGUGCAGCUGGGAAUGAAGCCAGUAUCGAACAGGUAGAUUGCGAUAUGGAUCCAGGAACGAUAGUCAAUUUUGAAAAUCAAAGCUACAGUGCUUCGGGAAAUAUAGGAUCUGAUGAGCUGGCUUCGUUUGGUUCUCUUCAGUCUUCACCUCUGAUACAGCAAACACAAUCGUGCGAGCAACAAAGGGAUCAACAGCAGAAGCAGGAGCAGGAGCCGUUGGAUUCAAAAUGGCAUGAAAUGAUUCCCUCAUUACGACAAAGCUUUGCUCUAGAUCCUAUUGCAGCUGUUCCAAACCACAAUGAGAACGGGAAAUUUCUUUUCCAAAAGCUCUUAGAUCAAAUUAAUAGAUCAAGGAGUACUCCUGGGCCUAUGAAUACUAUAACCCCACCCUUGUUACAACAACAGGAACAAGAUAUUUUCCCUCCAGAAGAAGCAUCCAUAUCUAUACCAGCUGAUCCCAUCUCUACAUCGUCUCUUAAUAAUCUUCAAUCUCAAGUCCAAGUUCAAACACGACCGCGAUUCCACCAUCUGCAACGACGACCUGACUGCUACGCAACAGCAUCAGGAAUACGUCAACAAAGCUUUGAUAGUGGUUACGGAUCCUUUUCCUCCGCAUCAUCUUCUCAGAAAAAUUCAUCACCUCCUUCUCAAACUUCAGAUAUCAAUGCGAAUUUUUGGUCUCCAGAUUUAUCUCCCGCAUGCAUUGGUGGUGUUGAUAUUUUUGAUGUUCAGUCACCGCUAUUUUCCGAUCAAGUAACUGACGCGUGUCUGAAUUUCAUACCUGAGAUCCAAUUGGGAAUCACGGAAGGAGAGAACCCUCUACCUCUAAAAUCGUCCGCGAACCUAGUUCUUCCAGAUCAACUUUGAAGAAUGAAAUGCAAGUCUAAGAGAUGUCUCUUUUGAUCAAAACUCUUUCUCUCCCUCAAGACAUUUUUUGGUUUUGAGUACCAAGAAUUGCGCAUGUAAAUACAAAUGCGCGUAUGCAUGCAUGUAAAUGAGGUAUAUUAGCGUGCGAUACCCCGUGGUGGCAAAUAAAGUAGUUAACCAAGUGACCGUUUCG